CCAUAUCAGAAAAGUAGUAGCAGUCAGUGUGUUAAUUUUUAGGUCACCGUGGUUAUUUUUUAAUUUUUGGUAAACCUCCAGGAAUCAAUGCUGAUAAUUCCUAAAAAUUCUCAAGGGCUGGUGAAACAGGCCGAAAAUAAAUUUACCAAGCCUUGUAAGCUUGUUGUUAAAAAAUAUAUAUAUAUACAGUUGAUGCUGAAAUAGGGGAACAAGGGAAUUCCAUUAAGCCACCACUUGAGAGGAGCUCGGAGUGGCGAGAAUGAGUGCCCACAGGACUCACAGGAUUCGCAGGAUUUUAUAAGUCAUAGGAAACGUAUUGAAAAUCGAUUUAACGAAAAAUCUAAGCAGGCCAUGGAUAGUGAUUACAGUUUUUCGGUUUCGCGGCCCGUUGGGAUUUUCGUCAAUCGAUUACUAAUUAUUACAAAUGACAAAUUGACUGGUUAAUGAAAAAUUUUGAUAUUUCAUUCGGACAUGGAGGAUUUACAAGAUUACUUGGAACUUGUUAAUCCGCAUUGGAUAGCUAUUGUUCUGUCAGGCAUGUAUACGCAUCUCAGGCAAAUAUGUGUAAUCGGAUUGUGCACCGAAGUCGAGGUUACUCCCUUUGAACCCACUUAUGCGUCAACCUUAUUUGUAUUGUCAGUUCUGUGCCUUUUGGCUGAGUACAAAUUGUGGCCACGUUCUCUCAAGGAACCGCCUGUGCAACUUGUAUACAUUUAUGAGAUGCUGGUAUCGGCGCUGAUAACAAAUCUCGCUACGAAAGCAGUAUGGAUUCCCCUGUUACGUGUAAUAUAUUGUCUUACGCAAGAAUCGAGUAAAUGGUUAUUCUGGGUAAAUUCUACUGUGGGUCUUGGACGAUAUUCCUUCCUGGCUAGUUGGGCUUAUUACAUGGAGAAAGAAAUGGCAGCCAUCCAUGUCUCCUAUUGCGCUGCUCUUCUUGCAUUUGUCUGGAUGCUGGACGCGACCGAGGCGUUAGAGGCAGUUCUGGACACUUUGAUGAAGUAGGGGAUACAGGGUCCAGGAUCUUUCAGGAGAUCUGCAGGAUGUACUAGGAGGACUUCAGGAUCGUUAUUUGUCCAGGAACACGAGCAUCGCUGGCAAAGAUAGGAGAAUCACUUUUGAAAAUCCAGUAGUCACCGAUUGGUAUUUCUACGAGAGCGGUUGAAGAGAAAAAUAUAAAAUUAAUUUAAUGCGAAAGGAAAAAAUUUUCCAAAUUCUGUCCGCUUGUCAAAAAAAUGUCUCUACUAUGUCACUGUAAAUUUGUUAAUCAAUAAAGUACAAUUUGUUUAAUUAA